AUGAGAGGCUGGCUUCGGACCCUUGGCUUAACUGCCUUACUGGCAGGAAGUGUGCUGGCAAAUGAAGUUGAACUAACACAAGAUGAAGCCCAUCGACAGCGUUGUUCGGGAAUGUAUAGUCGCAAAGCUUGGGGUGGAAGUGUCGAUCCCUUCAUCUUGACCAAAUUCGUCCAAGAACCCCAGUCUGGUGAUAGCGAUCCUCUCGUCAGUCUCGUCAUAUUCGAAUGGUCCGAUGAGAAUCUCAUCGGCCGGCCUGUUCCGGGUGACUCUGGGGAAAGGGAAACUAUCUGUGACGAGGCCAGUGUGCAGGCGAACCUCUGUUCGGAAGACCAAGUCGGCUCUUUCAUUCUUGCUUCGAAUGUCACCGAGGCCUCCAAGUUUCCCGUCGUUACCAAAGCAGUUCACCUAAAUGAUCCCGCGGCCAUCAAUUAUCCUAUCAAAAAGACUGGAUUUUAUUGUGUCAGCACAUACGGAUACUCCGGCGUGGACUACAAGGCCGUGAUUGAGUUCAGAAACUCAUACGGUGAACUUCCAGCUGCGCAGAUCGCAAAGCUCCCGUUCUAUGGUGGCUUGACUAUCGUCUACGCAGUUGUUGGUCUGUUCUGGGCAUUCCUUUACGUGCAAAACCGUCACGAUAUCUUGCCUGUUCAAAAUUACAUCACCGCGAUCCUUGUUUUCCUCAUUGUCGAGCAGUUGAUGACUUGGGGCUUCUACGACUAUCAAAACCGCAACGGCUUGAACACCGGCGCAAAGGCACUGAUGGUUAUAGUCGCUGUACUGAAUGCGGGACGCAACGCUUUCUCGUUCUUCCUCCUGCUGAUAGUGUGCAUGGGCUAUGGUGUUGUCAAACCGUCGCUUGGUCGGACGAUGAUCUACGUUCGUAUCCUUGCCAUCACGCACUUCAUCUUCGCUGUGAUAUAUGCUGUCGCCAGUCUGUCGAUUACCCCGGACAGCGCCGGCCCGCUCGUCUUGCUCAUCGUGCUUCCUCUUGCUGGUACACUCACGGCAUUCUACGUGUGGACGUUGAACUCCCUGAAUGCGACAAUGAAGGACCUUAUCGACAGAAAGCAGAAGACGAAAGCCAUGAUGUACAAGAAGCUUUGGUGGUGCAUUCUUGGUAGUAUUGUCGUCAUCUUCGGUUUCUUCUUUAUCAACUCUAUCGCCUUUGCAGGACGUAGCGAGGCCAGCUUCGUCCCCGAGCACUGGAAGUCCAGAUGGUUUGUGCUGGACGGCUGGCUGAACCUGGUGUACUUCUUCGAUAUCGGAUUCGUCGCCUAUCUGUGGCGUCCUACUGCUAACAACAGACGGUUCGCUAUGAGUGACGAGAUUGCGCAAGACGACGACGGAUUCGAGAUUCGUUCCUUCGGUAGUGCAUUGGAUGAAGAGGACGCUUUUGGUGGACCCGAAGAACCUUCCGGUUCGGAGCAUCGUCGUGACCUGUCACCUGUGCCUCCCAAGCCUGUGCCUGCAGCCCCGCGUCAACGGGAGUCCCUGGACGGUGAGACUAUCUUCGCUGUCGGCGAGGACGGGGACAAAUGGUCUGACGACGAAGAUGAAUCGCCGCGCAACUCCGGGGAACGAGAGCGGCUUACUGGCAAGCACAAGGACUAA